GAAUCAAGGGAUUAUUAGGGACAUGCAUAAAAGGGCCUGAAACUCAGGUGUUCAGAUCUGAGAGAGGGGAAACAUUAGCCAAAAAGGGUCAGCAGUCAGUAAGGGGUCUGAAUUGAAAGGGGAGAAGGCAAGAACAGUGAGAGAAUGACUAGGCCUAAGAUAGAGGAAAGCUUGCUUAAGGAGAAAGCUUGACUAUAUCAAGAUCCUAAAGGUUUUGCAAAUAGAAAGUGAAAAGCAAAUAAAGAUCUUUUGAUUUGAAGUUUACCACAUUGUGUCAAGACCAGAAGAGGAACAAGCCAAGGAACACUUCCUAGAGUGUCCUUGAAGAAGUAGGCCCGAAGCAGAGAGGCUAAGGCAAAUGCCCAAAGUCCUUCAAUGGCAGUGAAACUACCUUUCCUGUCUGCCUUUCCUCACUGUUGCCAACUUUAGAGUCAUCAUGCCCCACGAUAAGAAGCUCCAACAGUGUUCCCAUGACAAAGGCCUUAAGCAUGGCCAUGAGCCUCAGGGCCAAGAAGCUGCCCAGGUCUCCCAGGCUGUGGAGGAAACACUGUCCUCCCCCAAUCCUGUGAUGCCAAGCAAUAUGCAGAUGGCUUCUGUUGCUCAGGCCCCCGGUAAUCCUGGGGGCCCAAGUGGCAUUCAUGCUGCCUGUGGAGGUGAAUGUGAUGACAGCUCCAGUAGCGAAGAUGAGUCUAACCCAUCCACCUUAGAAGGUCUUCUGGAUAAGAAAGUGUCUUUCUUGAUGAAUCUCAUGCUGCUCCAUUAUCAACGUAAAGAGCCAAUAACCAAGGCAGAUAUGGUGAAGUUUGUCAUCAGAGAGCACGAGGCCCUGUAUUCUGCAAUCUUAAAGAAAGCCUGUCUGCGCCUUGAGGUUAUCUUUGGCCUGGAAGUGAAGGAAAUGGAUGCUACCAACCACUGCUUUGGCAUCUUUAUUAAACAAGGCUUCACCUAUGAUGGCAUGCAGUGUGGAGAAGUGGACAUUCCCAAGACUGGCCUCCUGAUAUUUGUCCUGGGCGUGAUCUUCAUGAAGGGCCACCGUGCCACUGAAGAGCACAUCUGGGAAGAGAUGAAGGAGGCGGAGAUCUGUUGUCGCAAGAAGCACUUCAUCUUUGGUGAUCCCAAGCAGCUCUUCACCAUCGAAUUCGUGAAGGAAGGGUACCUGAAGUACCAGAAGGGGCCUGAUAGUGAUCCUGAGAAGUAUGAGCUGCUGUGGGGCCCAAGAGCCUAUGCUGAAACCACCAAGAUGAAAGUCCUAGAGUUUAUGGCCAAGGUUCAUGGGACUGAUCCCACUGAUUUCCCAUCUCUUUAUGAAGAGGCUCAGCUUGAGGAACAAGAAAGAGCCCUCUCCCGAAUGUCAGUCAGUGCUGCCUCCAGUUCUAUGGGCACUGAAAGUUCUGGUGGCAUGACUGGCAAGUAA